AUGGUGGAAAAGCACAUGUACGACGGUUGGUCGUAUGAGCGGCUCCGUCAACAACGCAACCGCGCUCACUUCCUUCUUGAGGAACCCUACCGGUUUAUCACAGUUUUGCUUCAUCAUGGAAAGUUGUACGCCAUCGAUAGUCCAUGUUAUCACGGCUCCGGACCACUUGGCGAGGGUCAGAUAGUUGAUUUAGAAGAUAUGGAUACUGUUGUGACAUCAGGAGACGGAAAACUCGGGUCCUCACGAGUGCCUUGUUUACGCUGUCCAUGGCACUCUUACCUUAUUUCCAUUGAAACGGGGGAAUUGGUGGAGGUGCUGUCAGUUGAAGGCACUAAAACUGGGAGAGAGAAUCAAGCUGAUAAUGAUGUUGCAGAAGAGAUGCCGUCUUAUCCACUUCAGCACCGCUUUGGCACUUGCGGAGGGGCCACACACGUCUCCCGGAAGGGUGUCGUUCAGCGUACUCAUCAGGUGUCUCUCGAUGAGGCCACUGGAAUUUUAACAAUUGAAGUGGAAGAUGAGGAGGUGAUGCGCCGACGCCCGUUGCCAUCCGACAAAGUGGCGGGAGAUAUUAAGAACGGGGCCCUCACCAUGCAAAUAUUUGACAUAAAGGCCAGAGGGCUUGAGUAA